AUCGCGUGUUCGUUAUUGGGUUUCUUUGUUUUGGGAUUUUGAAGUUCGAUUUUUUGAGUAAAAGUUGGGGAAGUUGGUGAAAAAUGGAAGUUGAGGGCAUUCAGAGGUCGAGAAGUUUGGGUUCGAAGGGGAAGGAUGUGGGAGGAGGGGUUGAUAAAGAGGUGUUUUUUCGUGCCGAUAAGAUCGAUUUCAAGAGCUGGGAUAUCCAGUUGGAGAAGCACUUGAGUAGGGGUUGGGAGAGGGAGAGGGAGGUGAAUGCAAAGAUGGAAGAGUGGGAGAUUGAUUUGGGUAAGUUGGAUAUAAGACAUGUUAUCGCUCAUGGAACCUACGGCACCGUGUACCGCGGUGCCUAUGAUGGCCAAGAUGUUGCAGUGAAGAUAUUGGAUUGGGGGGAGGAUUGUAUUGCCACGGCAGCUGAAACUGCUGCUCUUCGGGCAUCAUUUCAACAAGAGGUUGCUGUUUGGCAUAAGCUUGACCACCCAAAUAUCCCAAAGUUUGUCGGAGCUUCAAUGGGAACUUCCAACCUUAAAAUCCCCGUUAAAAACACAUCAAACGAUAGCCAUAAUUCUCCUCCUUCAAGAGCUUGUUGCGUUGUUGUUGAGUAUGUUCCCGGUGGGACGCUGAAGAACUUCUUGAUCAGGAAUAGAAGAAAGAAACUUGCCUUCAAGGUUGUGAUUCAACUUGCUUUGGAUCUCUCCAAAGGUUUGAGUUAUCUUCACGCGAAGAAAAUUGUACACCGUGACGUCAAAACGGAAAAUAUGUUGCUUGAUACUCAUAGAACAUUGAAAAUUGCUGAUUUUGGUGUUGCUCGAGUAGAAGCUCAGAACCCAAGGGACAUGACUGGGGAGACUGGUACCCUCGGGUACAUGGCCCCAGAGGUCCUUGAUGGCAAGCCGUACAACAGGAAAUGUGAUGUCUAUAGUUUUGGUAUUUGCUUAUGGGAAAUCUAUUGUUGCGACAUGCCUUAUCCUAAUUUAAGUUUUGCUGAUGUCUCAUCUGCAGUAGUGCGACAGAAUUUACGACCAGAAAUCCCAAGAUGUUGUCCGAGCACAUUGGCUAGCGUCAUGCGAAAAUGCUGGGAUGCAAGCCCGGAUAAACGCCCUGAAAUGGAAGAGGUUGUGAAACUGCUGUAUGCAAUAGAUACGAGCAAGGGAGGCGGCAUGAUACCUGAAGACCAGUCAACCGGCUGUUUCUGUUUCGGCACACCUCGCGGUCCAUGACCUUCUUUGUUUCGUGUAAUGUAGCUUUACAGAUUGUGCAGUGCAUAUUAAAACCAGUUUACCAGUUCAGCGCUAGACUGCAGGCACCAGUCAGUCUUCGAAUAAUCAUUUCACAUCUCUGAAUAAUGCACAAACAGCGUUUUUGGAAAGCCAUAUUGUUGUUUGUGGUUCCUUCUUCAUUCUUAUUGUAAAUUAGUUUGGAAAUCAAGCUUUUACAGCAA